AAGAGCAGCCAUCCUUUCCCAUCACACAGAUCUGUGCCCAGGGCAUGGAGCUUAAGCAAAGUCACAAUAACCCAGAUGCAACAUCUUGCUCUUUUUAAAGGCAGCCAAACGCUACACCACAACAUUUCAAUGGGGCAGUGGGACAAAUCCAGCCAGUGGGAAUGAUGGUGUUAGAUGUGGUUAAAUCUGGCUGCUCAGUAGUCGGGGGAGCGUUCCAGAGAGUGCAGGGAUUCAGGCUUGGGACUGCCGCUGCCUGGCAGCCGGUUUGGUGGAAGGUGUUGAACUUCCCUGAACGUGUAGAACACCGGUGUGCUGGGCAGAGCUCGGCACGGCAGUUUGGGAAGGGGGCUGGCUGCUCCAGCCGGAGCGGGGGAUCGGUGCUGAUGCCAGAUCAGGAUUUGCAGCACCGCUGCUCGGAGAGCCAGAUUGUGCAUAUGUGUGUGUGAUGUGUGAUGUGUGCGUCUGUGCGGCGUGUGCGGAGGAUGUGUGCGGGCUGUGCGUGUGUCUCUGUGCGGUGUGCGUGUGUGUGCGGUGCGUGCGCGCCUGCCGGCUGGCUUCUGCCAAAGGAGCUGCUUCACUUGCUCUCUGUUUUGAGGGCGCGGAUUCGGGGACUCGGGGCCAAAAAUUCUCCGGACCCAGGUUUGACUGUAGGUACCAAAGCGGGGAUCGACGGCGCAUAAAGAUGCUGAAGGGUGUUUGGUUGCUCAGUUUGUUAACAGUGGCUGGGAUCUCGUGGACAGAGAGUCGCAAACCUGCCAAAGACAUUUGCAGCAAGAGCCGCUGCCCUUGCGAGGAGAAGGAGAACGUGCUGAACAUUAAUUGUGAAAACAAGGGAUUUACAACCGUCAGCCUCCUCCUGCCGCCCCCGUCCAAGAUCUACCAGCUGUUUCUCAAUGGGAACGCACUGACCCGCCUGUUCCCCAAUGAGUUCGUCAACUAUUCCAACGCCGUGACCCUGCACCUGGGCAACAACGACAUGCAGGAGAUCCGCACGGGGGCCUUCAGCGGCCUCCGCACCCUCAAGAGGCUGCACCUCAACAACAACAAGCUGGAAGUGCUGAAGGAAGACACCUUCCUGGGCUUGGAGAGUCUGGAGUACCUGCAGGCUGAUUACAAUUACAUCAGUGCCAUUGAAGCGGGGGCAUUCAGCAAGCUGAACAAGCUCAAGGUGCUGAUCCUCAAUGACAACCUCCUGCUGUCCCUGCCCAGCAAUGUCUUCCGCUUUGUGCUCCUCACUCACCUGGACCUGCGGGGGAACCGGCUGAAGAUGAUGCCUUUUGCUGGUGUGCUGGAGCACAUUGGAGGCAUCAUGGAAAUCCAGCUGGAGGAAAACCCUUGGAACUGCACCUGCGACUUGCUACCACUCAAGGCCUGGCUAGACACCAUCACCGUGUUUGUGGGUGAGAUUGUCUGUGAAACCCCCUUCAGGCUUCAUGGGAAAGAUGUGACCCAGCUCACCAGGCAAGAUCUCUGCCCUAGGAAAAGCUCCAGUGAUUCAAACCAGAGGGAAAAACACCCUGUCCUCUCAGACCCACACAUCUCGAGGCUAUCGCCCACAGCCAACUCUGCUAUCAAUCCCACCAGGGCCCCAAAAGCCAGCCGGCCACCCAAAACCAGGAACCGCCCCACCCCCCGUGUCUCUGUGUCAAAAGACAGACAAAUAUUUGGACCUAUCAUGGUUUACCAGACAAAGUCUCCUGUGCCCAUCACCUGCCCAGCUGGCUGCAUCUGUACGUCCCAGAGCUCAGACAAUGGCCUAAAUGUUAAUUGCCAAGAGAAAAAGAUAAGUAACAUCUCUGAUCUCCACCCCAGGCCGACCAGUCCAAAGAAACUUUACCUUACCAGUAACUAUCUGCAAGUCAUUUAUAAAACCGAUCUCACAGAGUACAGCUCGCUGGAUUUGCUGCAUCUAGGAAAUAACAGAAUUGCAGUGAUACAAGAAGGUGCCUUUACAAACCUCACAAGUUUACGCAGACUUUACCUUAAUGGCAACUACCUUGAGGUUCUGUACCAAUCCAUGUUUGAAGGGCUGCACAGCCUGCAAUAUCUCUACCUAGAGUACAAUGUCAUUAAGGAGAUCCUGCCACGCACAUUUGAUGCUCUGAGUAAUCUUCAUCUGUUGUUUCUCAAUAACAACCUGCUCAGAUCCUUGCCUGAUAAUGUCUUUGGAGGCACUUCCCUCACCAGGCUCAACCUUAGGAACAACCAUUUCUCUCACUUGCCUGUGAGAGGAGUCUUGGACCAGCUCUCGGCUCUGAUUCAGAUAGACCUCCAAGAGAACCCUUGGGACUGCACGUGUGACAUCCUGGGGCUGAGGAACUGGAUAGAGAAAGUCACUGACCAGAACAACCAGCAGUCAAAUCCCCCUGUAGUUAUCAAUGAAGUAAUCUGCGAGUCUCCCACCAAGCACUCUGGAGAACAUCUGAAAUUCCUGAGCAAAGAAGCCAUCUGCCCAGAGAACCCCAACUUGUCAGAUUCUUCUGUCCUCUCCAUGAACCAGAACACCGAUACCCCCCAUCUCGGUGUCUCACCCAGCUCCUACCCAGAAUUACACACCGAAGUUCCGCUGUCUGUCCUAAUUUUAGGCUUGCUGGUUGUGUUUAUUUUGUCUGUUUGUUUUGGGGCAGGUCUGUUUGUCUUUGUCCUUAAGCGCCGGAAGGGGGUGCAGAGCAUGCCCAGCAGUGCCAACAACGUAGAUAUAAGUUCAUUUCAGCUCCAGUAUGGGUCUUACAACACUGAGACCCACGAUAAAACUGAAGGACAUGUUUAUAACUACAUUCCCCCUCCUGUUGGACAGAUGUGCCAAAACCCAAUCUACAUGCAAAAGGAAGGGGAUCCAGUUGCCUAUUACAGGAAUCUCCAUGAGUUUAGCUAUAGCAGUCUUGACCACAAAAAAGAAGACCCCACCAGUCUUGCAUUUACCAUCAGUGCAGCUGAAUUGCUGGAAAAGCAGUCCUCACCAAGGGAACCAGAGCUCCUGUAUCAAAAUAUUGCAGAAAGGGUCAAGGAACUCCCCACCGGAGGAUUAGUUCAUUAUAACUUUUGUACCUUACCCAAAAGGCAGUUUGCCCCUUCAUAUGAAUCCAGACGCCAAAACCAGGACAGGAUAAAUAAAACUGUUUUAUAUGGAACUCCCAGGAAAUAUUUUGCAGAACAGUCUAAACCUGAGCAUCCUUUACUCCAAGGAAAGCUACAAACAGAACCAGACUACCUCGAAGUUCUGGAAAAACAAACUGCAAUCAGUCAGCUGUGAGGGGGGAGGUGGGAGACAAAGCAAAUUUUUUUAAUGAGCUCAGAAUCAUAUUUCACUGAGUCUGAACUCAGUACUGAUGUCAUCUGUCGCAUUCCCAACAUUUCCACUUUUUUAAAUCAGAGAAGGAGUGAGAGAGAAAAAGAACCCUUGCAGCGUAGCAGGGAUGUGGUGUUGCUUUUGCAACGUUCCCUCUAAGUUAUUUCUAUAUCUCUCUCCUUUUGACCCUUCUCUAGGAACUGUCAUUGCAAAUGUAUCUUUCUGUAAUAGAUCUUGCAUAAUUCUUUUUGAUUUUGAAGGAAAUGAAGAAGGGGUCUCUGGGGUUUCUGUUGUUUUUUGUUGGUUUUUUUUUUUCCUUUUAAUUUCAAAAUGGAAUCUUAAUGUAUUGUGUAGAAGAUCUCCAAAGAUCUUUUUUUUCCUGGACUAUGACUUUCUUUUGUAAAUAAUAAUAUACAGUACUGCUGUUUCAAUUACCAACUAUAGCCACUGGGCGUCACUUUUUUGUGUUAAAGUGCCUUUGCACUUUAAGUACAUUAUUACUUAAUUGUUGCUCUUAGCUUUGAUAAAUUGAACCUAUUUUAAUGUGUUGUAUUUUUGAAAUUAAAAAAAAUUGUAAAAUAGAUCUAUAUGUCAGCUGCAUUAAAUCAGAAGGUUUGAUUUAUAGGAAAGCUGCCCUUCCUUAAAUGACUCUAGUUCUAGGACCUUACAGACUCAAAUGUAAAUUAUUGGGGUGUUUUUUCCCUCUAGGUUUGUUUAGAGUGACUCACAGAAAUCAACUGAGAGGAUUUAGCAAUGGACUAGAGGUUAUCAAAUGCCUCAGCUGGGAAUAACAGCUCAUUAAUAAAAGAUGUUUAACACAAUGUCAUAGUGAACUGAACAAUUAAUGUCCUUCUUAAUACAUUGCAUUGCAGCUCUAACACAGUAAUGUUCAAUGGCUUAAGAUUAUUUUCAUACUUAACAGAACAUUACUCAUAAUAUUUUAUGCAUUGGAUUAGGUAUUUUUAUACAUUUUGGGACAGAGUUUAUAUUUCUAACUUUUUGGACUGAAAUUAACAUGUCCUCUUCUUGCCAGAUACAUAUUUUUUUCAUAAGCAGGGACACCAGCAGGGGUCAUCCCACACCUCAUUAAAUUUAUUAACAUACAGGCAAAUGAACCAAUGCCAAAGGUAAAAUUUGAACCCAGGACUCCAGAGUCCUCCAACUGAAAUCAGUAUGUGCAUCCCACUAACUUUUGGUAGUCUGAACUGUGUCUAUGUCUGUGCUUUUUGUCUCUAGAGCAAAAGCAAUAC